AUGGACGCCACUGCAAGUGGAACGUCGAGUGUUCAGUACCACAAUCUUCCCGAACAGCCAAUUGCUGCUGCUCUUGUCAUUCCUGAACAGCCUAUUGUGUCUCUCAUUACCUCUCAUUUGCCUUCAUUUGAUCGCCAGCUACGUCAUUGUUUCGGUAAUGCCAGUCCUGGAGAAUUUCCGUUGUCUGCAAAUCCGUCCAUUGUUCUUCAUGUCCUUACUGGAUGCAAUUUGGACCCUCAAGAUCUUGCCAAAUUAGAGGCAACAUGCUCUUUCUUUAAGCAGCCUGCACAUUUUGCCCCUGAUUUUGAGCUCUCCUUGGCAGAGCUCGCGGCUCUUGAUAUGUGCCAAAAAAGAGCCAUCUUUAAGCCUAUGACAGAUGAACAGCGCCAGGAUUUGAAACAAAAAUGCGGGGGUUCUUGGAAACUGGUUCUCAGAUUUUUGCUCGCUGGUGAAAUAUGUUCCAGGCGAGAGAAGUCUCAGGCGAUAGCGGGUCCAGGUCAUAGCAUUGCGGUGACAUCUAAUGGGGCUGUCUACUCUUUUGGUUCGAACAACUCUGGACAGCUUGGUCAGGGAAACACUGAAGAAGACUGGAGGCCUCGCCCAAUUAGAUCUCUGCAAGGAAUUCGUAUUAUUCACGCAGCUGCUGGUGCUGGCCGGACUAUGUUAAUAAGUGAUGCCGGGCGGGUGUAUGCAUUUGGAAAGGAUUCCUUUGGGGAAGCUGAAUAUGGACCUCAAGGAAGUAAAGUCGUGACAACGCCACAGUUAGUGGAAUUGUUGAAAGACAUCUUUGUUGUGCAGGCUGCAAUUGGGAAUUUCUUCACAGCAAUAUUGUCCAGAGAAGGAAGAGUUUACACAUUUUCUUGGGGAAAUGAGACAAAACUUGGUCAUCAAACGGAACCUAGUGACCUAGAGCCUCGUCCUUUGCUAGGUCCCCUUGAGAACAUACCUGUUGUGCAAAUAGCAGCUGGAUACUGUUACCUUCUUGCUUUGGCUUGCCAGCCUACUGGCAUGUCAGUGUACUCCGUUGGAUGUGGUUUGGGUGGAAAGCUUGGACAUGGUACAAGAACCGACGAAAAAUACCCAAGGCUGAUUGAGCAGUUUCAAACUCUGAAUCUCCAACCAACAGUUGUGGCGGCAGGUGCUUGGCACGCUGCAGUUGUUGGGAAAGAUGGGAGGGUUUGCACAUGGGGUUGGGGACGCUAUGGUUGCCUAGGUCAUGGGAAUGAAGACUGUGAGUCGGUUCCAAAAGUAGUUGAAUCGCUAAGCAAUGUGAAAGCAGUUAAUGUUGCUACUGGGGACUACACGACCUUUGUUGUUUCUGAUGCUGGUGAUGUAUAUUCAUUCGGCUGUGGUGAAUCCUCUAGUUUGGGACAUAAUACUGGAGCGUUGGAUGGGCAGGUAAAUAGACACACAAAUGUGUUAAGCCCGGAGAUCGUGACCUCAUUGAAGGAGGUGAAUGAGAGGGUUGUACAGAUUAGCCUUACAAAUUCAAUAUAUUGGAAUGCACAUACAUUUGCACUGACUGACUCUGGUAAGUUAUAUGCAUUUGGAGCUGGAGACAAAGGGCAGCUUGGAAUCGAACUUGCAGCCAACCAGACUGAAAGGGCUAAACCCGAGAAGGUCGAUAUCGACCUUAGUUAG